UUGUUGUUGUGGUUGCUAGGACACCAUUUGACCGCAGACGUCUACUAACGGUAGAUGCCAAAGUUAUUGUACGCUAUUGAAAACGUUAUAACACAAAUGUCGGACACGGAGGAAAAGCCCAAAGACCAACAGCCGAAGGGCGUGUUCUCCAAUUUGAUGGCGGAGGGUGAUUGGCUGUACAGCAAGGCGGAGUACAAGAAGGCUAUAAGCAGCUACGCGUCGGCCCUGGCUAUCAAGCCUGAAGACAAGACUUGCUAUGUUGGCCGAUCCAGAUGUUACCUGAUGAUCGGGCAACCUCAAAACGCUUUAAAGGAUGCAGAGGCUUCACUCAAAGAGGACAAGUUCUUUUUCAAGGGAUUGUACCAGAAGGCCGAGGCCUUGUUCUGCAUGGGGGAAUUUGAAUUUGCGCUGGUGUUUUACCACCGAGGAAAAAAGUUACGUCCACAAAUGCAAGAGUUCAGACUUGGUAUUCAGAAGGCACAAGAGGCUAUAGAAAACUCUGUUGGCAGCCGUUCAGUAAAACUGAAGAUUGAGGGAGACUUGACAUUUCUCCAAAAAGAUCAGGAGAACACACAGCCGAUUGCUGCAAUUCAGAAUCUGACAAAGCAGAAAAAAAAGACAACCCAAAAGAUCCCUAAGAGUGAGAAGACAACCAAGCAGCUGUUGGGAGAGUUUUACACGGACAAGAAAUAUCUAGAAAACCUGCUUAAAGAUGAAGAUUUGGUUAAAGGGAAGACGAAAGGAGGGGAGCGACUGCAGGACGUCAUUCACGGGUACCUCUCAUACAUCGACUCUUGCACCGAGUUCCGCACCCAGGAGAAAGCCACCGGUGCACAGGAGAAGGAGCGCAAGGAAAGUCAGGACAGCAAGCGCCGUAAGGACGCACCCUUGGAGCCUGCGCCGCUUCUGCUGGAGAGCCUGGACAAUAUUGACGCAGCGUUGACAUGUGGAAAUACAGAAGGUGGUCUCAAGAAGGCGCAGGAACUCAUGAAGACUGUGCAGGGCUGGUCAGAGAAAGAGGUGCCUAAUAAGAAAGAGGUUUUGGCCAACCUGCACAGCUGUAUUGGGAAUGCCUUGAUGGACCUGGGAGACAUGGACAAAGCCAUAGAGCAUCAUCAAAAAGACCUGGAGUUGGCUAAAGAGUGCGAACUCCCAGAUGCAAUGUGCAGGGCUCUGGAGAACAUCGGGCGGGUUUAUGCUCAAUUCGGACGGUUCACACAGGCCAUUGAGUUCUGGGAGAAGGUGAUUCCUUUGACCCACGGUGGUCUGGAGCAGACCUGGUUGUUUCAUGAGAUUGGCUGGUGUCACCUCAAGCUCGAUCGUCACCAAGACGCCAGAGACUAUGGCGUGCGUUCAGUUGCUGCAGCCAAUGAAAUUGCCGAUGAAAAGUGGCAGAUGAAUGCCAAUGUUUUGGUAGCACAAUCAGAAUUGAAACUAGGAAACUUUGAAUCCAGCGUCUCCCACUUUGAGACAGCCUUGACCCAGGCCAAACUGCAAGAUGACAGCUCUGCUAUGAACGCCAUUCAGAAGGCCCUUGAUGAGGCAAAGCAACACUUCCCACAAUGAGGAUGUCAUCAGUGAAGAUUUAUGGUGCUUCAAAGUGCCUCAAAAUGAAAGACGAACAAAAAAGGGAUCAAUAAAAGUGUUUUCCCAAACUGA